AUGAACGACGCCGGUGGUGACUCUGCGAGCAUGCAUGGGAUGCGAUCAUCGGACGUGCAAAAACAGCGCCGACGAUCACCACAGUUCACGUCACCGACAAAUUCUCGUCACGGCUCGCCUCAGCCUAGCUCCCCAUAUCGCAGUGGACGAGUGGACGUGAACCCCCCAAAUCAUCCUCAGAGCCCCUCUGGCGGACCAUCAUAUCGCGACAGCCACUCCAGUUCUCGAGGAAAUCAUGCAAACCAAGGACCAGAUCGUCGACUUUCUGACUCCGGGCCGCGCAACAACGGCCCUCCUUCACAUCGCAGCUCCAGAGGCGAUCUCAACAGCCUACAAUGGACCACAUCUGGGUUCCAUGGUCGUGAUGGACAAUUUAGUCCUCGCGGCAUACAUGGCCACGACUCUCAAGCGCUCUCAACCAAACCCUCGUCUACCACUGAUCCUCAAUCCCCGAGGACGAUAGAAGAUCAGGACCACGCUGCACCUGCAUCCAGGGGCAUUUCGAGAGGGAAUGACAAGUCUCAGGUUACGAAUGGAGAUGCUGGUGCUCAGGAUAUACUUCCGCCUGCCCGCGAAACGCAGCCCUCAACACCUGCAGAUAAAGGCGGGAAGUUUAGCUUCACCUUCAAAAAGGCGAAGACCACACCAACACCAGCUCCGAAACCCGUGCCUGACCUUGAGGAACGAAUGCAAGUCCAUGAACCGCCGCCUCGAGCUCCCCCCGCCCAACCCCGAUCACCUCGCAACCGUCUAACGAAUGGGCCAUUGCCCAAGUUCAAGCCUGAUUCACGAUUCGACCGUCGUGAUCGAGACCGACGGGAUCGGGAUAGAGACCGGGAUCGCGAUUGGAAUCGUCGUGAUUUCCGCGAUGCUCGAGACACGCGAAGUAUCAGGGAGUCGCGUGAGCGAAAAGAUGAUAGUCGUUUUGGCCAGCGCCGUGACCGAGGUGGGCGGGGUGAUCGUCGUCCAGACUUCCGACAAGAUCGCCAUAGACACAUGUCCCCAGAGCCGUUGAGGGCUCCAGAGCCGUUGAGAGAACCCCCACCAAAACAAACAAGAAUCCUCACACGCCUUAAGCAACGCCCGACGCUUUCGGAGGAGUUUGCCAAAACCAACUCCGUAUAUUACCGCAAGCCCGGCAACGAAUCCGUCAUCGGCGCGGGUACUUACGGAAAAGUCUUCAAAGGAAUCCAUGUUUACACUCAGCGCCAAGUUGCACUCAAGAAGAUCCGAAUGGAAGGCGAAAAAGACGGUUUUCCUAUCACAGCCGUGCGCGAGGUCAAACUCCUCCAGCACCUUCGCAACCACAAUGUCGUCAGCCUGCUAGAGGUCAUGGUUGAACGGAACGAAUGUUUCAUGGUCUUUGAGUAUCUUUCGCACGAUCUGACCGGCCUGAUCAACCAUCCGACUUUCUCCCUCUCCCUAGCCCACAAGAAGGACCUGGCAAAGCAGCUGUUUGAAGGGUUGGACUACCUCCAUCACCGAGGUGUCCUUCACCGUGACAUCAAAGCUGCCAAUAUCUUGAUCAGCAACCAGGGGCUACUGAAGUAUGCGGAUUUCGGAUUGGCCCGGUUCUUUUCCAAGAGUCGACCUCUGGAUUAUACAAAUCGUGUGAUCACCAUCUGGUACCGGCCCCCGGAGCUGCUGCUUGGCGAGACGCAAUAUGGCCCCGCGGUGGAUGUAUGGAGCGCCGCGUGCGUUUUCAUUGAAAUGUUCACGAAGAAAGCCGCCUUUCCGGGCGAGGGAGGUGAAAUCAGCCAGUUAGACAAGCUCUACAAUAGCCUGGGUACACCAACUCGGAACGACUGGCCUGAUUUGGUGGAGAUGCCCUGGUUUCAGUUGAUGCGACCUACUGAACGGAGGAGUCGAGUAUUUGAGGAUACAUAUCGUGAUGUACUAUCACCGGCCGCAUUGGACCUCAUGUCCCAAAUUUUCCGUUACGAUCCUGCCAAGCGGCCGAGCGCGGAGGAAGUGCUGAAACACCCAUACUUCACAUCCGAAGAACCAGCUCCGCAGCAAGCACUAGAGCUGGAGCACAUUAAAGGGGACUGGCAUGAAUUCGAAUCCAAAGCGCUUCGGAAGGAAGCCCGGCGUGCGGCCGAGCAUCAGAGCCAGAAGGAACGGGAAAAGCGCAAGGCAGAGGCCUCUGCGCCACCGCUUGAUCGAGACGCGAAGCGCAUCCGACAAGAGCAGCAAUAG